UUCUUCCCCGGCGGCGCAUCUUAGCCGUUCCUCAGGCUGCGUUUUCGCUCCCCGUCACUCCUCCCAUAAAGCUAUAACCUUUAGGGUUCAGCGAUGUCGUCCCCACCACCCUCCUUCUCUUCCUCCAAAGACAAUGUACACAACAGUUUCAGUGACGACAACUCUUCCUCCAGAGUUCUUACAUUGCCCACCGUCUUAACCCUUUGUCGUGUAGCUGCCGUCCCGCUUCUAGUCGCAACGUUCUACGUUGAUGGUUGGUGGGGAGCAACUGCCACCACAAGCAUCUUCGUUGCAGCAGCCGUUACGGACUGGCUUGACGGCUAUCUUGCACGCAAGAUGAAGUUAGGUUCUGCGUUUGGAGCGUUUUGGGAUCCUGUUGCAGAUAAGCUUAUGGUCGCAGCUACACUCAUCUUACUGUGUACAAAACCUAUCCACGUUUCUGUGUUAGGACCAGUCCCAUGGUUACUAACGGUACCGUCUAUUGCAAUCAUUGGUAGAGAGAUUACAAUGUCCGCAGUGAGAGAAUGGGCUGCAUCUCAAAAUGGAAAGCUUCUAGAGGCCGUUGCGGUUAACAACUUGGGAAAGUGGAAAACCGCCACGCAGAUGACAGCACUAACCAUACUUCUCGCAAGCCGGGACAGCAGUGUUGGAUGGCUCGUAGCUUCCGGUGCUGGAUUGCUUUACGUAUCAGCAGGACUAUCCGUUUGGUCUUUAGUCGUUUAUAUGAGGAAGAUAUCGAAAGUACUACUGAAGUAGGUUGUAAUCUAUCGGUUUUGUUUUGCUUUUAAACCUGCAUUUGCAUAUACGCAUUGAUUUACAGGGAGCACAAGAUUUGAAUAUGAUGUUUGAGCAGUAAUCUUGUGGGGGAAAUGAUUGAACAGCAGGUAGAAAUGAAGCACUUGUAGUAGUUUAAGAAUAUGUUAGAUGGUUUUGCUCUGCUCUGCACUUAGCAGCUUCUUGUUUAAUUAAUAAUAUUUUAUUGAAAAAAAGGUUCUUGUAUGAUGUUUUUGUUACAAAAACUUUUUAGUGUUUGCUCUUUUAUAAAAAGAGAAUAGAAGAUUAUUGUACA